GAGCAUGCUGCCGCCUGUCGAGCGGUCCAGAAACUAAUAAAGACCACGCGAGAAACAUCUUCCGUUUCCCGUAAGUUACCAUGGCAAUAAACAAUGCUUCGGGGAACGAUUUUAAAUUGUAACGACCUUAGAUACAAACGAACGCCGAUGAUAAACUGAAUCGUCCGUAACGGCGGCCCCUUAAGUAAGUUACUAGCUUCAUUUUUGCUCGCAAUUUUCGAUCGCUAAACUCGUCAGAUUCAGGAUGUCCAAGGGGGACGAGAGUCGCGAGAGUUACGAAAGUGCAUCGACGUCGCCGGACGAGGAAGAUGACAGAUCGAGGAAACGAUCGGCGCACGAAAGUUUCGUGAAAAUAACUCGGGAGCAGAUAGAGGAGAUGCAGCGCGAGCUGUGCCUGAUUAAACUGUGCUGGCCGGAAGUGGACCGCGCGAGGGAUCUCUACUUGAAAUCGCUUCCAAGCAGCUACUGCACGGUCACCGAUAAGGAGAAGCUGCUCGCUUGGUACGCCGAGAAUUUUCGGCGACAGUAUCACGCGAAAUACCCGGAACGAAAACCGUUGUUGCUGAUGUGCGAGAAUGAGUGCGGCGUGCAAAGUUGCAACGCGCAUUUCGUUACUUCGUCCUAUCUAUAAGUAGCAAAUCAUUAUUUUCACAAACGAAACGACGGCGUCGUGAAAAAGUGCAGUCUCGUGGCGGCGAGUGUUGAUAACGAUCCAGCUGGCGCGAUCCAUCUGCAACGAGGUAACUCUCUUCGGGAGCAAAUUCAACCUGCGUAUUCUCCUCACCCCCCGGUGAGCAGUGAGCCUCCUCCCCAGCGGGGAGGAUGUUCUCUGUUUUGUCGGUAAAAAAGGAUAAGUUAAAGAAUUAUGUAAAUACGUUCGUGUUUUAUUUGCUUAUUCUUUUUUUUUUUUCGUGGUGUAUUCUCUUGAUAAAUAUUCAUUCGACUCAUUGUACAAAUUGUAUUACUCUCUCAUAUAAAAAUUAAAAUGUGUUAUAAAUAAAAUUAUCGGCAUUAUACUGCUACGAAA